AUGCUCCGGGUGAGGAUCGAACUCACAACCUCCGCAUUCCUUAUGAUGUCGUCUCAUACUGUCUAUAAGUACGGCGCGCUAACCGAUUGUGCUACCGGAGCAUUCACGAAACAGCGCUGCUUACAUUCUUUAUCAGAAUCAUAUAAGGAAUAUUUUGAAAGAAAAAUGCUCCGGGUGAGGAUCGAACUCACAACCUCCGCAUUCCUUAUGAUGUCGUCUCAUACUGUCUAUAAGUACGGCGCGCUAACCGAUUGUGCUACCGGAGCAUUCACGAAACGCUGCUUACAUUCUUUAUCAGAAUCAUAUAAGGAAUAUUUUUGGAAAGAAAAAUGCUCCGGAAUCUAUAAGGAAAGAAACAAAAACGAGGAUCGAACUCACAACCUCCGCCUUAUGAUUGUCUAUAAGUACGGCGCUACCGGAGCAUUCACGAAGCGCUGCUUACAUUCUUUAUCAGAAUCAUAUAAGGAAUAUUUUUGGAAAGAAAAAUGCUCCGGUACGGCGCGCAAACCGAUUGUGCUACCGGAGCAUUCACGAAGCGCUGCUUACAUUCUUUAUCAGAAUCAUAUAAGGAAUAUUUUUGGAAAGAAAAAUGCUCCGGGUGAGGAUCGAACUCACAACCUCCGCAUUCCUUAUGAUGUCGUCUCAUACUGUCUAUAA